AGAGGGUGCGCAAAGAAGAAAUCCAAGAGACUUCCAUCUUACUAACGCUGUCCUGUCGUUGGGCCGAUCAUGUUUAAAAUCCGCCUGUCCGCUGCUGCUCGCCCGCAGUUGCAUUUGCGACAGUUAACAAGGCUCGCUUCCAGCUGCUACCAGAAGAAUUCAUCUUGCCCUCCACAACCCUCUGUGUUGCAAUCGGUCCGCGCCAUAGCCUCGGGACCGUCGGGAUCUGGUUCUGCUCAGUCAUCAUCGCCCUUUUCGUCUUCUGCUGCCCCACCAUCAGCAGCAUCCAGGCAAAAAGGUAGCACCACCACCACCACCACCACUACUACCACCACCACCAACUCGAGUGCCAACGCAUCAACUGCCAGCAUGGCGGACCAAAAAAAGGAAAUCGCAACCUACCUGCAACAGACCCAUGACCGCGUCUUUGAACACAAUCGGGUCUGGGCCGCGGAGCAGACCAAGAAGGAUCCGGAUUUUUUCCUAAAACUGACGGCUGGCCAGAAGCCUGAAUACCUCUGGAUUGGGUGUUCGGACUCUCGCAUCCCUGCCGAGCAGAUCACGGGACUGGGGCCCGGCGAGGCCUUCAUCCACCGCAACAUCGCCAACCUCGUCUGCAGCAUCGACCUCAACGUCAUGAGCGUUAUCAACUACGCCGUGCAGCACCUGCAGGUCAAGCACAUCGUCGUCUGUGGUCACUACGGCUGCGGCGGUGUCAAGGCUGCCAUGACCCCUCGCGACCUGGGCAUCCUGAACCCCUGGCUGCGCAACAUCCGCGACGUCUACCGGCUGCACGAGGCCGAGCUCGACGCCAUCCCGGAAGAGGAGGCGCGCUACGACAGGCUGGUGGAGCUCAACAUCAUUGAGCAGUGCCGCAACGUCAUCAAGACGGCGGCGGUCCAGCAGUCUUACGAGGCCAACAGCUUCCCCAUUGUGCACGGCUGGGUCUUUGGCUUCCAAGACGGCCGGCUGAAGGAUCUCAAGGUCGACCACGAGGCCAUUCUCAAGGACGUGCAAAAGAUUUAUAACCUGACGGGAACACCGAGGAUGGGCGGCCCCUGAACCUUUGAAACUUUUGACGCGGGUCAGGCCGGGUCAGGCCAGGUCAGCAAGUUAGGCCAAGUGUCGGGUCGCCGACCAACAAAAGGACCCUGUCUCUCGGCAAUCCUGCGGUCCCCAUCCGGCGUAUUUCGGUGAUUGACAGAACGACUCUGCUUGUGUGUUGCUUGUGGGAAAAAAAAAACUCGCGUUCAGCUGCAUGUGGAUGGCUGUUGGGUCGGAACUUGGAGCUGACACUUUGGAGACAUUUAGAGUGCUGACAAGCCAGGCAACGCUGUGGGCGUGUGGGUUAUGUAUAUCACCACAGAAAAAUGAACUUCAGCCGCUCUGAUAGGUCACUGCGGAUAAAGGUCCUGCCAUUGAAACCAGGGUACUUUUUUUUUACGCAGAGCAGAAAUUUUGCCCCCUUUGAGCCCCUUUCCCCCCCUUCGGAAUCGCUCUCGAGGGAAGGAUUGGUCAUUUCAUUAGCCUAUCCCACCCCCAAGAUUUGGUAUCGCAAUCAAGCGGGCGUUGGCAUGGGGCCGAAGAGACGAGAGGAAAAAAAAAAAGGAAAAAAAAAAAAAAAAAAAAAAAGACAACAACCCGUUCCCAGCUUACUGUGCGUUCCCAACUGCUGCCAAGAGCUGAAUGAGCCAUGCUCUCUGCUCCACUCCAUCGGAGAAAUGAGAUAAAUCAGCUGGAGGCCUAAAUACGCGUUCUGAGCCGCCAUUCGCCAAUCAUCGUACACUUGUCCAUGCCCCUAUUAUUGUUCCAUGAUUCCAUUGACUCAAAACAAGAGGUAAGACGACCGCUUCUGUUUUGCAGGUGAUUGAUUAUUUGGCUUAGUCCUAGCUAGAGCUUGGCCCUUUUUUUUAUUGUUAUUUUUUUUCGGUUUUAUUUUUCGACGUGCGUUGGCGUCUUUGCAACAUAACAAAAUAGGAACAUUAACCCGAAGGUCACCAUUCAUUCAUUCCUUUUCGCUUUCGCCCCCCUCCCCUCCCUCCCUCCUCACCCCCAGCCGCACUUUUUGAUCAUUUCAAACUUGUGUAUAAGCCUUGCCGGCCCUUCCGCUUUUUUCUCUCC